AUGGGUUGGUGGGGGAAAUCUUCAGAGGCCAAGGCCGAGGACCAGCAGCGCAAAGAGUCGCAGAGCGAAGGCGCUUUCGAUCCCACACUCCCCAAGGCUGAGAAGCUGCCCAAGGGCCUGCAGAAGAUUGUCGACAAGGCCGAUAAGGACGAGAGUUUCUUUGACAGCAUCAAAGAGGGAAGCGCCCCCGACUCGACGGAGAGCAACUUGCGAUAUGCCGCGUAUGCAACCCGACUUCGAACAAUUCUGCUGUCUGCGCAUCGAUAUGUCGCCUACACGUCUGAUAUUGGCGAAUCGUUCCGUCCCGUCGCGCACCCGGGCCUCGUUCGCACGGCCUACGGAAUCUCAUGGCUCUAUAUUCUGGGCGACGUAUCGUUUGAGGGAUACCGCGCGUACUGGCGCAACCAGCGCGUCCUCAACCCGCAACUUCUGCUCAACUCUCAUCAGCAGAGAUUCUCCGGCCUUCCUGAAAAGGAGACGCAGAGCCUUACACCCGGUGUAGUUCCUCCAUUGGAGGAUUAUCGAACAGUCAUGGUGCAGAGAGCCAUCUUCCAGAGCGUGGCCAGUAUGGGACUGCCCGCCUUUACCAUUCACAGCAUGGUCAAGUACUCUGGAAAGGCCAUGAAGAAUGUCAAGAACGUUACUUUGCGAACAUGGGGCCCUAUUGGCCUUGGCUUGUCCGUCGUUCCAUUCUUGCCCAGUCUCUUUGACAAGCCGGUCGAAGAUGCCGUCGAGUGGGUGUUCCACAAGGGCUUUUCGCAGUUUGGAGGCCACGAAUACGUCGGAGACUCGCCGGCUACUGGGCGGGAAAAGCUGAUCAACAAGGAUCUCAAAGCCAAGAAGGAUUAA